GAUAGCUUGUCUGUUUUGGGAAAUUCCACCAUGGCAAGCCAAUACUCUUCCUCAAACAAAACCACUUUGUACAAACCCAAAAACCAAGAAACAAGUGACUUUCUUAGGAGCGAUCGAUUAUAGAUUGAUAUAUAAUCCACGGGAGAGCCUUGCUCUUCGGAUCCAACCAUGAACCAACAAGAGCAGUCACGUUACGAAACCCAAUCCCAGAAGCUGCGAGCAGAGCUCAAGACAUGGGAAACGACGUUUGCAAAGACGCACGAAGGCAAGAAGCCGUCGCGGUCAGAUAUCAAGGCAGCUCCUGAAAUCGCACAAAAAUACAAAGAAUACAACAGGAUUCGGGACAUACUUUCAGGCAAGAUCGUCGUCCCCGCGGCAGCAACAACGACAACAGAAACCCAAGCACAAAAACCACAACCGCAGUUCCCAACCCCUAGAAAGCGCAAGUCCACCGAUACCCUUUCCCUGUACGACCAGACCACCCCUUCCAAACGUACCAGGCCGACCUCGACACCCUUGAAGCGCAUCGCAACCCACAGCUCCGCCCUCACCACACCCUCCACGGCGCGCAAGCUCUUUGGCACGCCCGGAAGCAGCGCCGUAAACGUUCCCACGUCCAUCGGCCCCACGCCUCAGCGCGAUGGCCGCGUUCUAGGUCUUUUUGACCUGCUGACCGCGUCGCCCGCAGAGACGCGGACGCCGUCUAAGCGCACCGGCACCAUCCCCGUGGCCACGCCGAGGCGGGGUGGCGCCACCAUCAACGCGGCGGACCCGGGGUCGUCUCUUUCCGCCGCACGGCUGGCCCGUACGCCCGUAUCGUCGGGACGCCGGCAUGUGUUGGACGGUUUCACGACGCCGCUGAGCCGGCGGGACGGUAACUCCUCCACCGUUGCCAACGCUGGGUUGGCCAGGACGCCCACUUCAAAAACGCCGUCCAAGUCAGAUUUUGCCACGCCGCAAUUCCUCAGACGCCUGCCUCCCGCGCCUGUUCCGACGCGCCUGGACGAGAACGGCGAGUCUGUGCCAGCCCUGGAGGACGACGACUAUGACUACGAGGCCGAGGAAGCGCGUCGCUACGCCGCCCGCCUGCCACGGAAGCCGCUCGUCAGGGGUCUGAGCAGCGUCGUGGCCAGCCUGCGCAAAAUGGAAGAGGAAAAGCACGACGACGACAUGGAUGCGCUUCGCGAAAUGGAGGCGGAAGAGCUAGGCUUCGCCCCAGUUAAGACGAAAGCGAAGCCGGCAGCUACGGUGGCGGAGACUGGUAACAAGGAUGGAGGCGUAGCCGGUGAGGACGUUCCGAGAGAGGUCCUGGUGGCCGACAGCCAGGUCAUGCCCACGAACCUCCUCGGCGGCUUCGACGAUGAGGCCAUCUACGACAGCCCCGACGAAGAAGGCCGCAGGGGUGGUCUCGACCGCAAUGGCCAGCCGCUCCGCGUCUUCAAGAAGAAGGGACAGAAGCGCACGACCCGCCGGGCUAACAUGCGGCCCGUACGGAGUAAACGGCCUGCAAGCACUGCCGUCGCCGCCGAGGACAGUGCCUCGGAGGAGGAUGACAACGUCAUACCCGAGACCCAGCACCAACUCGACGGCCCCUUGCCUGAGGAUGCGGACGAGCUGUCGCUGCCGUCCGGGUCUGAGUUUGAUGGCGAGGAGGGCGAAGAUGACGCAGGUCGCAAGCAGAGCCAGGGGAAGAAGGGGAGGGGUAAAGCCAAGGCCAAGACGGCAGGGCCUGGGAAGGAGGACAAUGAAGGCAAGGAGGGCGGCACGGUCAAGCGUGCCAUCAAAAAGGUCAGCGCCGUGGCUCACCAGAACUUCAGGAGACUUAAGCUGCGCAAUAAUGGCGCCAAGGGAGGUCCUGGCUUCAACAGCAAGUUCAGGAGGCGUCGCUGAAGGACGAAUUUUUAGUUUGCAUGAUGAGUUUGGGAUUUUGGCGUACUGGCUUUUUGUUUAAAGGAGUACAUGGAAUUGGGAAUGAACCUAGGGGACUUGAUGUUGCAUUAAGAGCUGGGUCUGUUGGUAUUUUGGCAUGUGCUUGGGCAAGGCGAGCGGAUAUGUUGCAUAGCUGGAGUGACUGGAAAACCAGUCCUACACGAUGAUGAAAUGAUGUUUCUUUUUUUCCCUCACACACCAGAUGUUUAAGUUUGACUUCACUGUACAAUCAAUCAGAAUGAUCAAGGUGUCAG